AUGGCCGUCCCACGCUCCCGAAUACUAGAUCUCAUGAAGGUCCAAUCCCGCAUCUUCUCCACAAUCUACAACCCAACCAACCUCCGCCUCGGCAACAAAAUCCUGCGCCAACGCCUCAAAGGCCCUUCGCUCGCCGCCUACUACCCGCGUCGCGUAGCCACCUUCAAAGACCUUAAGGCCUUAUACCCAGGCUACGAGAUGUACGACGCGUUUGAAGAGGACCGGUUGGAGCAUAUUCAGAUUGCGAAGAGUAGGGGCAAGGGGGCGCCGAAGAAGAAGAAGGUGGCGGAUACUAGUAGUAAGAAGAAGAGGCGGUAG